AUGAUAGUCGGAGAGACUCAAGAACUUAAUCUGGAACAAGACUCUAUUCAAACCACAAUAGUUGAUUUUUCGCCUUCUCAGUUUAUAAACGCGAAAGGUGAAUUUGGUUCGGCAAUAGAAGUGGAGUCCUCUCCUUCAAAGCCACUGCCGGAGGAAAAAUUAGGUGAUUCUCUUAAUUUACAAGCUUUGAAUGAAUUUUCUAAUCCCAGUGAUGAAGAGUAUGUUUAUGUUAAUCCGUGUGGUGAUCCUAUGGGUUUAGUUUACAUUGGUUGUGAUAAUACAGAAAAUUCUGAUGAAAUACUUGUGUUUUUCACUUUGUUAAUUAUUGGGAAGGUAAAUAUUGAUUAUGCAAAAUGGAAUAUUGACUCUGCUCCUUCCAAAGAGAGAAUGGUUCUAAAUGCGAUUAACGAGGACUUGGAUGUUGAUUCUAAAUUUUUGAAAGAGACUAAUGAUAGUGUUAAUGCUUUGCUUGGAAAAGUAGAUGAUAAUUCUAUAAACUUGAAUGUUACUAAUGCUAUUUUGAUGAGUGAAAGUGUUAACUCUUGUGAUGAAGAGGUCUUAAAUAUAAAGCUAGUUGAUCCUGUGGUUUUAGAAGAUGAUUUUCCACUUAUGGAUGAUAUUGUGAAGUGCAAUUCAGUGAAAAUUUUGGAAAUGACCACAUUGCCGGAAAAUUGUUUGUUAAGUGGCGACUCUACUGAAUCUGAGACUGACUUUGACUCUGUUGUUAAGAUAGAGGGUUGUGGUGAUGACUGUCUAGAUAUUGAUGAAAUACCAAAUGCUGUUGUUGAUGACCUUUUCUUGGAAAAAAUAGGUAAGAAAUUUAUGAUAUUGACUGAUGAAAUUUCAACUCCACUUGAUGAGUAUCUCAAUGGGUUAAAUGAUGAUGAUUGUUGGGUUUUUGUUGAACUUGUGGAUAAGAAGUUUGCAUCAUCAAGGAAAAAUCAUUUGAGUUCAUUUCAUGAUGAUCCGGGUGCACAUAGAGAUUAUUCUGAUGUUGUAAUCUUCUUGUGUGUUGAUCAUGAGUCAUGUGUUAAGCUGGCUGCUACUUGCAUUGGUUUAAUUGAGAUCAAUCAUGUUAAGGAGCUCAAUGAAAAGUUAUUUGUGUGCACUUAUGAUGGUGAUAUUUUCCUAGAGAUUUCGGGUGAUGAAUUUGUGCGUAUAAAUGCUGUUAAUAAAAUCUGGAUUAAGGACUCUAUCAAGGAUUUUUUUAAGACUGAUAAAAACUUGUUUGGAGGUGAUUUUUUCGCUUUUUGUACACCUACAUUUGAACUGUUUGAGUUGAGGUUUACUGAGAUUAUUAGAGGUCCUUAUUCUUGGUUUGAAGCAAUAACUAGUUUCAGAAUCGAUACACAUGGUGAAGUGCUUCAUAAAAGCCUUGUUGAUUUGGUGACAUCUCAAGCCGAGUCUUGCUUUUGGUUGCUUCUAUUUCAUGUUCCAAGUUAUUUUUGUGAUGAUGCUAACCUGUUCAACCUUUUGCCUGGAUUUGAACUUAAGGACAAAGAUUGGGAGGAUGGUUUUAUUGUUACAAAGAUUCCUUCUUGCCCUAUUGAUAACAUCUGGGCACUUCUUGAACUUUUGGAGUACAUGAACUCACACCAUGGGAUCUAUGCCUUUGGAAUGAUGAAUGGGGAGUUUAAAUUGUUCAGAUUUGCUGCAACAAAUUUUAAAGUUAAUGGUGAGUCCAUUGCUUCUCAAGAAAUGAAUUUGACAAGAACAAGUGAUAUGGUUUUUGGCAAUUACACAAGGAAGCCUCUUUCAGACCAAGGAUCACAUGACACUAGGGAGAAAAGCAUCUAA